AUGGCGCCGGGCAGUGGACCGAAGGAAGGCAAGAAGCGCGAAUCACUAGUGAUCCCGCAAAAAGAUGCUACACCUGAACAUAGAAAGGACGGAGUUUGUGAUCCUGACUACCUUCCUGAGCUUGAUGAAACCAUUGAUGAAGAUUUGUGUGCCGCUAACAAUGCUAAGGAAGCAUGUGUUAGAAACAAAAGACAAGCAUGCAUGGCUCCUGGUGGCGUCAGGACGCGUAAAAAGACAGCGCUUGCAGUUCCACCAGUGAGUGCUGUACUUACAAGGGGAAGAAAAAGUUUGACAAAGUGUCAAGUCCCUAGUGCUGACAGGCACACUCAUCCGCUUCAUGCAGGUGAUGGCUUGGAGGAACAAAACAUCCAUGUGUCUAGCAAAGGUGAUGGUAUAGCCCAGGGUCAUGGGGGCAAUCAGGUGGGCAGUGGAGGUGGAUGGGAUGGUAUAGACCAGGGUCAUAGGGGCAAUACGGUGGGCAGUGGAGGUGAUGGGGAUGGUAUAGCCCAGGGUCAUGGGGACAAUCAGGUGGCCAGUGGAGGUGAUGGUGAUGGUUUAGCCCAAACCCAUGGUGACAAUCAGGUGGCCAGUGGAGGUGAUGGUGAUGGUUUAGCACAAACUCAUGGGGACAACAUGAUGGCUAGCGAAGAUGAUGACCCACAAGAGGUACCAUGGAUCAGGGGGAAUAAUAAAGGAGCAGCACUGCAAAGGAUGUCCCGAUUUCGUCGUGGGAAACUGCCGGUGGUCAUCAGAAAAGGGGACAUAAGGCCGCUACAGGCUGCUGUUGCUGCAAAGUUUGCAACUGAAUACAACAUCACAGUGAGAAACCAUGUGCCUGUGUUCCCCAAAUGGAAGGACUACAAGCAUCAGACUGCGAUCCAUAAAAUGUUUAGGAUGAAAAUAGCUAAAAAGUUUGAUAUCAACAUAGAUGAUGCUGAUGUUAGAUUUGCUUGUGUUCAAAUGAUGAAGAAAGCAGUUCGCCAACACCGCUAUCAUCUGAAGAUGUACUUCAAUCCUUACCAGCUCUAUUUGGUGAGGAAAACUUCUCUCAAAAGUAUGACUGAUACACAGUGGAGUGAACUUGUCAAAUCAUGGCCAUCUGAAAAAAUGUUAAUAGUGACCAUCAUACAUGGAGACAAGUACAAAGAACAGGAAGCUGAUGCAAUGGAUAUGUACAAGGAGUUCCACUGCAGUAAAAAGAAAGGCUUCACACCAGAUGUCCAGCUUGCUAUUCUGUCUGGACAUGCAGAAGAUGAAGAGGCCCCUUCCGCGACCGAGGUAGUUGUGGCUGUCCUUGCUGAGAAGACCAAGAAACCCACAUUUCUGCAGAAUGUGGGGAUUCAGAGCAAAAAGAAAGGCACACUUAAAGAGCAACUGGCUGCAGAGAAGUUGGCAAAGGAUGAGCCCACAUCUCAAAUGGAAGAGUUGGCAAAGAAGCUACAAGAAUCUGAGCAAGCAAGGGUGGCGGAACAACAGGAGAUGGCAAGGCAGCAAGCUGAGACUAAUGCAAAACUUGACCUUCUCUUGAGUCAGAUUGGACACACGUAG